ACAGUUUCAAGGUCUUUUAAAGUGGUUUUAUCCAAAUAAUUCUUAAAAUGUACAUUAUUUCUACUUAUCUACCAAUAACUCAUCCCUUGCCUGUCCACGUAACCUCUGCACUGUGCUUUCCUUGACCAAUCACUAUGUGCCACCAACACUGCAGAAAAUGGAGUAGAUGAAGAAGAAGAGAGGGACUACACCCAAAUUCCUUCAUCUUGCUUCCUAUGUACACCAUACUAAAAAUCCCAAAACCUAAAUUUCUCACCCAAGUGACAUACCAUACUACUCUCUAUUAUUGAUUUCACACUUUUGUAGACUCUAGUCUAUCUUGAAGUCUUGGAAGUCCUCUCCAUGGGCGAAGGUUAAAGGCAGCGUUUCUCUGGGUGUCAGAACCCCUCAGAGCAGAGAGAGAAAUAAAGAAGAAACUAAUAAAGACAAUUCAGCAACUGUGCUGCAAGCAGUUCCAGCUGGGUAGUUGGUGAGUCCAGAGGGGGAAGAUCAUGGACUCACACCUACCCAAGAAACCACCAACUCAAAGACUGAGCACACAGCCUAACAACAUAAGGAGGAGAAUCUUUAACCAAUAGAAGACGAUUAAUAUUAAUUAAUAAGAGAAUACUAAUUAAUAAGAGAACUAUGUAACUUGUAGCCCAUGGACACUAAUUCCUUUGCUGAAAUGUGUAAAUAGUGUAUAACAUAUAAAUAAAAGUUAUGAUCGUUUGUGUGCUUUAUUUGUGGAAUACCACCCAGGCUUGUGCAACUCUGAAAUAAAUAAUCGACAUCUCUCUUAUUGGCUUGUUGCACACCGGGUAAUGAAUCCGAGUUUUGUGGGCAGUCUGGUUGACAAGGUGGUGUUUGGUCACAGGUCAGACUCGAUGAGCUCAGAGGAUUUUCCAACCUCAUUGCUUCUGUGACUCUCCGGUUCUGUCAGUCGCUAAACCUUAUUUAAAAGCCGACAUUUAAAAGGGCGUGCUGUUCCCUCUAAUCCUCCCAUGGCAGCCGCGCCGUUUGCGAGACACCAAAAGCCGGGCGCUUGCCAAGCGCGGACGUCGGGAUUCCUGCUCCGCGCUGGAACAUGGAACGCCCUCCCGUGCGGGGCGAUGCCGAGGGACGAUCCCGCUGUCCCGCUGCCCCUCUGCCCCUCUCUCCCGCAAGAUGGCGCCGGCCCGGCCCCCCAGCCCGGCAACGGCAGCGGCUGGAGGCUGCGCCAGGGGGCGCGCGCGGCCCCGCUCCCUCCCCGCCGCCGGAAGCGGCGCGCGCGGGGCCGUGGCGGGACAUGGAUCCUGAGGAGGAGAUGCCCGAGCUGUCCGACGGCGAGGGCGCCUGGGACGAAGAGGAGGAGGAGGAGGAGGACGGCGGCGCUGCCGUGGCCCAGCAGACCCGCUGCCUCUUCUGCGACAGGUUGUUUAGUUCUGCUGAAGCUGUGUUCUCCCACUGCAAAACAGAGCAUCAGUUUGAUGUUAGUGAUGUGAUCCAGAAACACAGACUCGAUUUUUAUGGAUACAUUAAACUAAUAAACUUUGUCAGAUUAAAGAAACCAACUGGAGCCUAUUUGAGUUCUCUCAGCAGCCCACUGCCUUGGGAAGGAGAGGAAUAUUUGAAACCAGAACUGGAAGAUGAUCUCCUGCUUCAGUUUGACAUAGAAGAUCUUUGUGAACCUGUAAAAGUUUUGCCUUCUAAUGGUUUAAGUGAUACCACGGUGCUCGUUGAACAAUUAAAACAUGCAGAAUGGAGAGCCAGAGCUGCAGAAGCAGCCUUGGCUAGAGCACAAGAUGAUCUUCAGAAAAUGAAACAAUUUGCUCAGGAUUUUGUGAUGAACACAGAUGUCAGGAGCAGCUCAUCAUCCAGCGCCAUUGCAGACCUUCAGGAGGACGAGGAUGGCGUUUACUUCAGCUCCUAUGGGCAUUAUGGGAUACACGAGGAGAUGCUAAAGGAUAAAGUCCGUACGGAGAGCUAUCGUGACUUCAUCUAUCAAAACCCACAUAUCUUCAAGGACAAGGUGGUUUUGGAUGUUGGCUGUGGAACUGGAAUACUCUCCAUGUUUGCUGCCAAAGCGGGUGCCAAGAAGGUGAUUGGAGUUGACCAAUCUGAAAUCAUCUAUCAGGCCAUGGACAUCAUUAGAUUAAAUAAACUUGAAAAGAUUAUUACGUUAGUCAAAGGAAGAAUUGAGGAAGUUGAUCUGCCUUUGGAAAAAGUGGACAUAAUUAUAUCUGAGUGGAUGGGUUAUUUCCUUCUCUUCGAGUCAAUGCUGGAUUCUGUCAUCUAUGCAAAGGACAAGUACCUGGCAGAGGGAGGCUCAGUUUAUCCUGACUUGUGCACCAUCAGUCUGGUAGCUGUUGGGGAUAUGAAUAAACGCGUGGACAAGCUGCUUUUCUGGGAAGAUGUGUACGGCUUUGAUAUGUCUUGUAUGAAGAAAGCUGUCAUUCCAGAAGCUGUUGUGGAGGUGCUGGAUUCAAACACACUGAUAUCUACAGCCAGUGUCAUUAAGCAUAUCGACUGCAAUACUGCAUCCACUCCAGACUUGGAAUUCUCUUCAGAUUUCACGCUGAGCAUUACAAUGAGCACACAGUGUACAGCAAUUGCUGGUUACUUUGAUGUAUUUUUUGAGAAGAACUGCCAGAACAAGGUCAUGUUUUCAACUGGUCCCCAGUGUACCAAAACGCACUGGAAACAGACGAUUUUUCUCCUGGAGAAGCCAAUUCCUGUAGAAGCAGGAGAAGCCCUGAGAGGAAAGAUCAAAGUCCGCAAAAACAGAAAGGAUCCGCGGUCCCUCUUCAUCACCCUCUCAGUGAAGGACACCCAGCAGACGUACAGCCUUCAGUGAAGCUCUGUGCAUGUCUGAGAGGGGCUUAAUUCAAAUGCUGCAUUUGACUGUUGAUAACUGUUCUGGAAUAUCCAAAAAUGGUAAACUCUUGGGUUUAUGUGUGUGUGCGCGCACACACAAGAAUAUGGAAAAAUUACCUAGAGCUGAGAUUUAUGACUAAAUCAGAUCCUGCCGCUUCACGUGGUGUAAGGAACGCAAGAAAGAUUGGUUUGGGUUACCUGAGACUUGCUAGGUGAGAAAAAAUGGGCCUGAAGUCUUGCUGUAAGGAACAAUAAAUAUGAUCUCUCAAUAAUGUUUUAUUCUUCCACUGGCAAAAUCCUUGUAUAGUAUUUUUUUGUGAAAGAAGCAGCUUAGUCAUGUGUCAGUGCACCUCAGCAGUAGCUGGAAAAUCCCAAUGGGAAUAAUUUUUGAAUUCCAACUGCAAGAUUGUGGCAACAAAGUAUUUUUACUACACUUCUGCAGUUUAAAAGUUGUACACAUUUCAGUUACAUUUGUCUAAAUAAAUGAACCCAGUGUGAUAUAUAAUGCA